CAGCGGCGCAGGGGGUUCGCGGGUGUCUCCUGCGGGGGCCCCUCCGUGCCCGGCUGGGCAGGGGCUGCAGCUCCGGGGCUCCUGUGCGGCAGCAGCAGCAAGCGCUGGUGGCUGCCCCCGCCCCGGCUCAGAGAUCCUAAAGUGCUUUACAGAAAUAUUGUGUACAGAAAUCCUUGCUUUCACCAGAGAAAGGUAACCACAUCUGGAUUGGAAUGUGGCAGCUGGCUAAUAGGGGACAACAGUGCCAUAUGACAGUUCACAGCUGGAAAUGAAGGAAUUGCCAAGCACAAGAAGAAAAGGUUUCCUAACUGAACAUGCUGCCCCUUUCUCUGCUUUCCUGACUGACAACUUUGGCCGUCAGCACAACUACCUGCGGAUCUCCCUGACUGAGAAAUGUAACCUCAGAUGUCAGUACUGUAUGCCAGAGGAGGGAGUUCAACUGACCCCUAAAUCAGAGCUGCUCACUACGCAGGAGAUAAUCACCCUUGCCAGGCUCUUUGUGAAGGAAGGUGUGGACAAGAUCCGAUUGACUGGUGGAGAACCACUCAUCCGGCCUGACGUGGUUGAUAUUGUGGCUCAGCUAUACAAGCUAGAAGGGCUACAAACCAUUGCUGUCACAACCAACGGGAUCAACUUAGCUAGGCUGCUGCCACGGCUGAAGGAGGCGGGGCUGGAUGCCAUUAACAUCAGCUUGGAUACUCUGGUUCCGGCCAAAUUUGAGUUCAUCGUCCGGAGGAAAGGCUUUCAUAAGGUAAUGGAAGGAAUCAACAAAGCCGUUGAACUGGGGUACAAUCCUGUUAAGGUGAACUGUGUAGUGAUGAGAGGCCUCAAUGAGGAUGAGCUGUUGGACUUUGUGGUGCUCACGAAGAACCAGCCGCUCGACGUGCGGUUCAUCGAAUACAUGCCCUUCGACGGAAACAAGUGGAACUUCAAGAAGAUGGUGAGCUAUAAGGAGAUGCUGGAUACAGUCAGGCAGAGAUGGCCUGACCUGGAGAAGCUGCCCUGUGAGGCCUCCAGCACAGCCAAGGCUUACAAGGUACCAGAUUUCCAGGGGCAGAUCAGCUUUAUUACCUCCAUGUCAGAGCACUUCUGUGGAUCCUGCAAUCGGCUGAGGAUAACCGCAGAUGGGAACCUGAAGGUGUGCCUUUUUGGGAACUCAGAAGUGUCCUUGAGGGAUCACCUACGGUCCGGUGCUUCGGAGGACGAAUUGGUUCAAAUUAUAGGAGAAGCAGUGGGCAGAAAAAAGAAACAGCAUGCAGGCAUGUUUAACAUUUCCCAGAUGAAGAACCGGCCAAUGAUCCUGAUCGAGGCAGCAUUGGAAUCGACCCCACUACUGCAAGAGGCCGUGCAGAAUUCUCCAAGUUCAAAGCAAUGGGGCCACAGACCUGGCCGCUGGCUAAUGCCAAGAGCAAGUUUAUCCAAGCAGAUGGGAAAAGCAUUUAAGAAAAAUGUGUUUACAGGACAGCAUGCCUUGCCAGGAUCUCGCUCAGAGCAACAGCAGCUGGCAGCAGAAAUUCUGCAAGCUCAGGCACACAGCAUUUGCAUCUUCCAAAAGAAUUUGAGCUCUAGCUCGGACACAAAGUGCCUUAGGACAGGAAGUCCUUCCAUUCAGCACACCAGCCACACUGCUGUGGACAGUCACUCGGGGGCUGCAGCUGGAAACCAGUCAGAAGAAAAGGGCCCAGGAUCUCACUCCAAAGCCAUAGGUUCUGGCUUGUGCGCCAGUGAACGGGGUCCCUCCAGCAGCCUGACUCACAUUGACCAAGAGGGGCGGGCGGCCAUGGUAGAUGUUGGAAAGAAGCCCGAUUCUGAAAGGACCGCUGUUGCCAGUGCUGUGGUUCGCUUGGGUGAGAAGGCAUUUGGGAUGCUGCGGCAGAACCAGCUGAAGAAAGGGGAUGUGCUGGCAGUAGCCCAGAUCGCAGGGAUUCAGGGAGCCAAACUGACCAGCCAGCUGAUCCCCCUGUGCCACAACAUCCCUCUGAGCCAUGUGGUUGUCUCUCUGAGCCUGGACGAGACCAGAUGGGCUGUGGUGAUCCAGGCGCUGUGCCACAGCCAGGGUAAGACGGGCGUGGAGAUGGAAGCGCUGACGGCCGCCAGCCUUGCUGCCCUGACUGUGUAUGACAUGUGCAAAGCAGUCACUCACGACAUAGUCAUCGAAGAGGUGAAGUUGGUGAGCAAGACGGGAGGGCAGAGGGGAGACUUCCAGCGUGGAUAGCACUUCUCCUGGCACAGGAGCAUCCCCACGUGGGCACUGAGGGUGUGGGCCGCUUUGGUGCCAUAUCUGCAGUCAGGCUGGGGAAACAGCAGCAGCAGGUAUCCUGUAUAAGAAUGUGACAGUCUCUGAACGGCCAGGCCAUCUCACUGCUGGGUGCUCCUCAGUUCAACUGCUGGACAGGUCUCUGCAGGCAUCCACCACCACCCUUGCCAGUAACCUCAGCAGAGGGGCCAAAGGUUCUGUUAGGCCAUGGGUCAAAACUGAGGCCCUUCAGCCCGGUUGUGCCAGGGAAGCUGGCCUGGCUGCUGUAACCUGUCCAGUGCUUUGUCAGGCACUCUUCAUCAGUAUUGAAUUCACUUGGCAAAUGAACACAACAAAGAGUAGUUUAUUGUAUCUUUGAUCAAUGACUGUGCCUUCAGAAUUGCUCCUUUCUCCCCAUCAAACUUGAACUAGGAAGAAACUUCAGAAGGAGACAAUGGGGAGUCAUUCUAGAGUCCUAGCCAUUGAGCAAAGAUUUUAAUAAUGGACAGAGACCCAUCAGCUGGAAUUAUUCAGGUCAAAGUCAUAGUCACACCCCUCACACCUGCUUGGGUCCUAAAUGGGUCUGAUCAGUACCACAGCCAGGGGACGGGAGCUUGUGUCCAUGAAUGGAAAAUUAGAUGCUGGUUGACUGAUGCCAAAUAGCCCAUGCCUAGUUCUGAUUUCACUGAGGGGCAUGAUGCUGAAUACAGAAGGCUACUGUGGUAGGGGGAACUGUAAUUUGCACACCCUGAACUGCAUUGCUGUAGUUCACUUGUGCCUGCCGUCAUAACCAACUCAUUAGAUGUUCCUGCAUGCUUACAGGCCAGUUCUGAAUCAAUCUCAGUCCAUCAAAGCCACUUCCCCUCCCCCCCUUCCUUGCAGGGUCCUGAAGCGAUAGCCUGCAGAGGAACAUCAAAACUUACGGUGUUGCCCCACUCCAGAGCAACCACCAGGAAGCAUGACCAAAACUGGGUAGCCAUGACAGGCUUCCCUGAAGAGCCAGUAUGGGCGGUCAAAUGAUUGACUCAGUUUAAAACUAUUUCAUACGUUUUUGUACUCUAGCAAGUUUAUGGGCUGUGCCUAAGGGCCUCAUUCUGCUCCUUAGAGAAGUCCGGGCCAGAACUCCUCAAAACAUGAGCAGAAUCAGGCCCUUAAUUUUUUAUUUCUGGGACUUGAAAUCCAGCCGAGCUCCAGCAGAGGGAUUUUUUUUAUUUUUUAAUCCACCUGCCUGCUGUGACUGUUUGUAGCCCUAGCUAAGGUUAUCGUGGGAUAACCUAGUCUGAUGCUUGCUUCUUCUAUAGACUUUGCAUCCAGCCAGCAGAGGAAGCCUGAGCUAACUCUUGCAUCAAUAAUGCUGCUGUUGCUGAACUCAGUGAUUCUUUUGGCAAACAGGGUCAUAAACAUCCCUUUGCUGUGUUGACUCUGCUCCAGGGAAGGGGAGGAAAUCCUUCAAUAUUUGUCAAAGGAACCCAGGAGAGGGGAAAUUGGAAUAGGCACUUAGAAAACUGAUUUUUCAGUCUUCUAAAAGUGAAGUCCUUGAUGUUGCAGAGUCUUAUGCUAUUUUGGUUGUUAAAGCCUGAACCUCUUGAGGCAUGUGGCUAGACAAGGACCUCUGCUUUUUUUUAAAAAAAGGGAAAGUGCCACAAGGAGAACUAGGAAGAGAAAAACUUUGAAGUAUGACCUUCAUUCAUCCUAAAAGCUCAAAGCCAGAGGGCAAAUAGAGAACCCUGCGCAGGGGGCUGGCACAUGUAAUGAUUUUUAAACAUUGGGUGGUGGUAACACUCAGGACUUGAAAUGGUCCCCUUGCCAAGGAUGAUCUUCAAAAGCAGGAGUUCGUUUUGCAUGUUUUUUGGAGUAGAGGGGAAUAGACAUAGCAAAAUAUACUGAUUUGUCAGUCUAAAUUGAAAAACAAUUCUCCCUUAGAAUCUUGAACUCAAGUUUUGAAAGUUUCUCCUGCUACAGUUGAGAUCAAACACCCCCAGCAGAGCAGGGAUUCCAGCUCUCUAUGCCAUCUUAGAGGCUAGUGCCACCCUGUGCUAUGGUUGGAAAGAUACAGAAGUCCCUAAUUCAGAUCUUGGCAGACCAAAAGCCUUUCUGCUUCUAAACCUUGUGUUUAAAAAUGAAGUCAGACAGUCCCCAGGGUUGAAGAAUACUUCAGUAACAGGUUGUUU